UUCACACCCUUCUAUCUUCUUCUUCUGCUUGAAUCGUUGGAGAAGCCAAAAAACAAAAACGAAGAACAAUAGAAAAGGGAAAUAGACAAGAAACAAAGGAAAAGAAAGGGAAUAAGAAGCAUGGUUUCAACGAGACGCAACAGUGGAUCUCUCUCCGCAAAACGACCUUCUUCUUCUUCCGACGACAAACCUCCUUCUCCUUCUUCUAAACGCCAAAAGGGUGACAGUGGUGGUAGUGGUGGUGCGUCGGAGAAACCGGUGACGGCGGCGGAGGAUUCCAAGGAAUUGCGUGCUCCAGAGGCCGCUGCCGAUCCCGGAGAAUGCGGCACUGCUAAUGACGCUCAGAUCGCCGGCAACGAUGGCAAAGCUGAUGUCCCGCCAGCCGUACCAGUGGCAGCGCCGAUCGCCGAUGGGUCUACGCCAAGUUUGGUGGCUGAUAAACCAAAGAGUUCGUUCUCUUCGUGGUUUUAUCAGAAGCAAAAUCCCAACUCUGAGGGUGUUCCCUGGUGCAGGCUCUUAUCCCAGUCUUCACAGAAUCCGAAUGUUCCUAUUUCCACAUCGAACUUCACAAUUGGUUCCAGUAGAAAUUCCAACUUCCCGCUGAAGGAUCAUACUGCAAGUGGAACUUUGUGCAAGAUCAAGCAAUCCCAGCGUGAGGGGAAUGCUGUAGCUGUGCUUGAAAGUACUGGCAGCAAAGGAUCUGUGCUAGUAAAUGGAACGCUCGUCAAGAAGAGUACCAGCUGUGUGCUUAACUCGGGUGAUGAGGUGGUUUUUGGUUUGCUGGGAAAUCAUGCUUAUGUUUUUCAGCAACUGCAUCCUGAAACCGCAGUUAAGGGUGCAGAAGUUCAGAGUGGUGGUGGGAAGUUACUGCAGAUUGAAAAGAGAACAGGUGACCCUUCAGCCGUAGCUGGGGCUUCUAUUUUGGCUUCUUUGUCUAGCUUUAGGCAGGAUCUUACAAGAUGGAAGUCUCCAUCUCAGUCUGCCAGUAAGCCUCACCAGGGUACUGACGUUUCAGAGAGUGAGCUCGAUGGCAUGGAAGGCAACUCAACUCCAAAUGAAGGGACUGACAAAGCCACUGAUACUGGAGCAAGCGACAAGAAUUCUCCUAUGGAUUGCGAUCCAGAUGAUGCAGUCACAGAGGCAGGCAAUGUAAAAAUCUCUGGGGUGUUGGAAGAAAGAAACGGAGCGAGGGAUACACAAGCUGCAUCAUCUUCGGGUACAUCUGUGCGCUGUGCAGUUUUUAAAGAAGAUCUUCAUGCUGCAAUACUGGACGGGAAAAACCUAGAUGUGUCCUUUGACAACUUCCCAUAUUAUUUGAGUGAGAAUACAAAAAAUGUCUUGGUUGCAGCUUGCUUUAUACACCUGAAAAAUAAGGAACAUGUAAAGUACACAACAGAUUUUACAACCAUAAACCCCCGAGUUCUGCUCUCAGGACCUGCAGGAUCAGAAAUAUAUCAGGAAAUGUUGGCAAAAGCACUUGCAAAAUAUUUUGGAGCUAAAUUGCUUAUAUUUGAUAGCCAUUUACUUCUGGGUGGUUUAUCUUCCAAGGAAGCUGAGUUGCUCAAAGAGGGAUCCAAUGCUGAGAAAUCAUGCAUCUGCACUAAACAAAGUCCUACAGCUACAGAUGGGGCUCGUAGUAUGGAUCCAUCAACUAGUGAACCUGAUACGCCUAGCUCCUCAAAUGCACCUACAUUUGGCAUUGAGUCUCAACCUAAGAUGGAAAUUGAUAGCGCACCUUCUACCUCCGGAGCCUCUAAGAGUGGUACAUUUAAGCUGGGGGAUCGGGUAAAAUAUAGCUUUUCAUCUUCUGGUAGCCUUUAUCAGACAUCUUCAAGGUACAGGGGGCCAUCUAAUGGAAGUCGGGGGAAGGUUGUCUUACUUUUUGAUGAUAAUCCCUUGUCAAAAAUUGGUGUAAGAUUUGAUAAACCCAUAACUGAUGGAGUUGAUCUUGGAGGUGCCUGUGAGGCUGGUCAAGGAUUUUUCUGCAACGCAAGUGAUCUUCGUUUGGAAAACACUAUUGUUGAAGAACUGGACAAAUUACUUAUUAAUACAUUGUUUGAGGUUGUGAAUAGUGAGAGCAGAAGUACGCCUUUCAUUUUGUUCAUGAAAGACGCAGAGAAGUCUAUAGUAGUUAACGGGGAUCCAUAUUACUUUAAAAGUAAGCUUGAAAAGCUUCCUGACAACGUGGUCGUAAUAGGUGCACACACGCACACUGACAGCCGAAAGGAGAAGUCACAUCCUGGAGGUUUGCUUUUUACAAAGUUUGGGAGCAAUCAGACUGCGCUACUUGACUUGGCUUUCCCUGAUAGUUUUGGAAGAUUACAUGACAGAGGCAAAGAAGUACCUAAACCAAACAAAACUUUGACUAAGCUUUUCCCAAAUAAAGUUACAAUUCAUAUGCCACAGGAUGAGGCACUUUUAGCAUCUUGGAAGCAGCAACUUGAUCGAGACGUUGAGACUCUCAAAAUCAAAGGAAAUUUGCAUCAAUUGCGCUCUGUUUUGAGCCGUUGUGGGAUGGAGUGUGAAGGACUUGAGACCGUGUGCAUUAAGGAUCAGACACUUACAAAUGAAAAUGCAGAAAAGAUAGUUGGUUGGGCUUUGAGCCAUCACCUCAUGCAGAAUUCUGAAGCUGAUCCUGAUGCAAAGCUUGUUCUAUCUUGUGAGAGCAUCCAGUAUGGUAUUGGGAUCUUACAGUCUAUCCAAAAUGAGUCAAAGAGCCUAAAGAAGUCUCUUAAGGACAUUGUAACAGAAAACGAGUUUGAAAAGAGGCUUUUAGCCGAUGUUAUUCCACCUAGUGACAUUGGUGUUACUUUUGAUGAUAUUGGAGCUCUUGAAAAUGUCAAGGAUACGCUGAAGGAGUUAGUGAUGCUUCCUUUACAAAGGCCUGAGCUCUUUUGCAAGGGGCAAUUAACCAAGCCGUGCAAGGGCAUCUUAUUAUUUGGGCCCCCUGGAACAGGUAAGACAAUGCUUGCAAAGGCAGUUGCUACUGAAGCUGGUGCAAACUUCAUCAACAUUUCCAUGUCAAGCAUCACAUCCAAGUGGUUUGGUGAGGGUGAGAAAUAUGUAAAAGCUGUUUUCUCCCUGGCAAGUAAAAUUGCACCUAGUGUUAUAUUUGUUGAUGAGGUUGAUAGCAUGUUGGGCCGAAGGGAAAAUCCUGGGGAGCAUGAGGCCAUGCGAAAAAUGAAAAAUGAAUUUAUGGUGAACUGGGAUGGCUUACGUACAAAGGAUACCGAGCGAGUUCUUGUGCUUGCAGCCACUAAUAGGCCUUUUGACCUUGAUGAGGCUGUCAUAAGGAGGCUGCCACGAAGAUUAAUGGUAAAUUUGCCAGAUGCUCCUAAUAGAGCAAAGAUAUUGAAAGUUAUAUUGGCAAAAGAGGACUUGUCUUCCGAUAUUGAUUUUGAUGCAAUCGCAAAUAUGACCGAGGGGUAUUCCGGAAGUGAUCUUAAGAAUUUGUGUGUAACUGCUGCGCACCGUCCGAUUAAAGAGAUAUUAGAAAAGGAGAAAAAGGAGCAUGCUGCUGCUCUGGCAGAGGGUAGACCUGCUCCAGCAUUAAGUGGAAGUUCCGAUAUCAGGUCACUAAACAUGGAAGACUUUAAACAUGCUCAUCAACAGGUAUGUGCGAGUGUGUCCUCUGAAUCCAUAAAUAUGACUGAGCUUUCGCAAUGGAAUGAUCUAUACGGUGAAGGUGGUUCAAGAGUAAAGAAAGCACUUAGUUACUUCAUGUGAGAGUUUCUCCAUUGUACAAAUGUUCCCCACCGGCGACCCUCCUUGAUGCCCCUUUGAAGCCUGCGUAUUCACUUGUCGUUGCUCUGGUCUGCUGAGGCUAGCAGGAGUUGGUGCUGAGCCCCAUUUCCUUUGUAAAAUGAAAUAUAGAUUUCUAAGUAAUUUGAUUUGUUAUGGAUGAUGGGAUUAUGGUGGGUUUUGAAAGAAAGUGGAGAAUUUUGGCCAGGCUCUGUUGCUUUUUGUUUUGUUCCUCAACCACUUUGCCACCAGCACAGAAGAAGAUCAUGUUGAUUUCUUAUUAUUUUUUUUUAAUUGCAGUAUUAGAGGAGAAAGAUAAAGAGAGUCAUAUAUGAUUAUGACCCUUAUUAUAAGAGUAGUUGUCACACUCCUAAGUCCUAAUGUCAACAAUAAUGAUUUUAGAUCAUGGACACAAGGUGACUAUUUUCUAUUUUAUAUUUUUUUGUAUAUACCAUCAUAUGCAUGACACAGCUAUGUCUUUUUGAUUCCAUAAGUCUGCUACUUAUUUGAAAGA